CUCUGUGCUGUUCUUGUGCUUUUCAGCAAAGUCUAUGGUCUGCUUGGGAAGAACAUAGUUGAGCCUGAUGUGCUGGUGACAGCUCAGCUUGGAGACACUGUGACUUUCCCAUGUUUCUAUGCUAAAGAUGAUGUGCAAUGGUACAGAUGGCUUAAGCAGCCUCUUGGACAGAAGCCUGAGCAUUUGUUAAUGAUAAAAAAUUCUGAACCUUAUACUAUAGAUUUCAAUGAUUUUAUAAACAGUACGCGCCUCAGUGCUAAAGCAACAAAGGGGAGCUCGAAACUCACUGUGUCACAAGUAGAGCUGUCGGAUUCAGCCACAUACUACUGCGCUAUGGUGCUCUUCAAUGAUACCACCUUUGGAGAAGGAACUACAUUAAUGGUCCUGGGGUCAGAGUCACACGGCAGGACAGUAGUACUGCAGCAGCCCGAGUCUGAGUCAGUGCAUUCUGGAGACUCUGUAACUCUGCAGUGUACAGUACGCACUGAGACCUGUGCAGGAGAACACAGUGUGUACUGGUUCAGACAGGGCUCAGGAGAGUCCCCUCCAGGAAUCAUUUACACCCAUGGAACCAGGAGUGAUGAGUGCCAGAGGAGCUCUGGGGCUGUGUCUCCCACACAGAGCUGUGUCUACAACUUCCCCAAGAGGAACCUCAGCCCCUCUGAUGCUGGGACUUACUACUGUGCUGUGGCCACCUGUGGGGAGAUCCUGUUUGGGAACGGGACCAAGCUGGACUUUGAGGGGAAUGAACAUCUUCCUCUUUAUUGCUUGGCGGGAGCUUUGACGUUGAGUGUGAUCCUAAAUAUUGUCCUCAUUCUGAAAAUGAGAAAAAGCUGUGAGAAACGCAAAGGAGCUGCAUCAAACAACCAAGUGAGCGAAGAAGGCCUGGCCAGCAAACAGAGUCAAGAGGAAUCAAUGAAUUACGCUGCUUUGACUUUCACCACCAAGAAACCCAAAGUGAGGAGGAACAAGAGGGAAGUGGAGAAAGAAACGGUUUACUCAGAUAUGAGAUUUAGAGACCGCGAGUGAAGCUUUCCGUAAAUGCCAUCUUCGUCACAAGGAUAAUAAAAAUAUUCCCUCGCUAGAAUUGUUGAACAUCAUACUAUGUGGCUGUAAAUUUUAUUACACGUAUAGGAUUUGCCUACAGCUGUGCUUGUUCUUAGAUUCUUCUGUUUUUCAAAUACACGAAGUAAAAAUUGUGCACUCUCUGGCAGUAUCUGAUAAAUGGUCCUCAGGGUUGUUGAAUGGGUUUGGGGCAGUAGUGUAGUAUACUACUUAGGGAACACGUCCCGAUUCUCAGGUGACACACUGCCCUUUGACCUGUAUUAUUGAACAAGGAUGUUAUCCUGAACUACGUCAUGCCAUAACUGUAUAAAAUGAAAUGGUGUGCACAUGUAAAAUUGCGUGAGUGCCUGCUAAAUGCCAGUAAUGUGAUGCCACACAGAGAUGGGAAAGUGAAAUAUUAGGACUACAAAACAAGGUCAGGCUGUUAAUGUCAGCAGUGAUUCACUGAUUAGACGGAAUCCAAAUAUUUUGCAAUGUACAGUUUUUGUGAUUCAGAGCUAGUCAGUGAUAAGAAUAAAUAGUAGAUCCAUUCAUUUUGGGGUUAAUAGACAUUGUUUCAGCUGGGGAAAGUGUGGUUAUUUCCACAACUGUUUAUGAAAGGUCAAAUGCUGUCCCAACCAGUUUCCAUUCAAUAAAAUAUUCAUCACACACAGUGGGGUGCAACAGUUUGGCCACCGCUGAUCAAA